AUGGCAGCCAAAAUAGAGAUCACGGAAGAGUGUAGUGCUGCUCUGAAUAAAGUGUUAUCUUAUGAGCUGCACAUUAGUGAUGCUUAUUUAUCUUUGGCCUAUAAUUCCAUGGAAGAAUCAGAAGAACCUAAUUUUAGUGCAUUCUUUGAAGAACAAGCUAAUGUGAAGAGGGAACAUGGAAAGGAAUUCCUAGAAUAUAUAGGAAAAUAUGCGAAUAAAAUCUGCCUUCCAGUGUUUAAGAGGCCUGAGUUAGAUUACUGGGGAACCGGCAUAAGUGCUCUGGAGUAUGCUCUGGCUUUGGAGAACGAGUUAACCACGCUUCUGAUGGAACUGAAGACCACAGCUUCUGACAAAGAAGAGCAGGAUAUCUUAGAAUUCACAAAUAAGUACCUGGAAGAACAGAAGAAGAGCACAGAAACCCUAGAAGACCACAUAGAAUAUUGCAUGCUUGACCCGUAA